CACCCGCUACAACCUGCCUCCACGAGAGUCUAUCGAGUACGAGCAAUCCAGCCUCAACGUGAGAUGCAGCUUGGCCUCCGCAUCUCUGCACGUCCAGCCGCCCGCGGAUUCCGGCGGCUUCGUGACCCGCGUUGCCCCUAUGUCCUACGUUUAUCUGCGAAUACGGUCUUCGCCAAUUACCGCGACCGGCCGUACAUACCUCAAUGUGACGAACAACAGGCGAUUCCGCCCAUCACAGGUCCGCCGGCUGGCUCCUGCUGCAGCGCAACCCCGCCGAUGCUACUCGAUUCCCGGCUUGGCAACCAUCUCAAGGAGGUGAAGGAACGGUCGGGACUGUAUCAACGGCGGUUGCAGUGUCGGGACUCGGCGGUGUGCCAAAGACCACGGCUGAGCGCGAUGCCGAGCUGCGGAAAAUCCAUGUUGGAUGAAGCCCCUGUGAUCGAUCCCUGGAAGAAUCCCUAUCGAUCCUCGGUCUUGGAUCUCGAACCAAGCGAUCAUGGUUCAACAUGUGGGCCGUGGACAUGAGCUUGACAUGAUGCUUAGCUUGCCCCUUUUCAAGGCAAAGAUUCGCGGUCGUGCUCAACCUCCAAACACCCCACCAGUUACUCGUGAAUCCAUUAUUCUGCAGACGAGCUUGUAUGCGCUGUCAACCCCUUUUCCAUCGGGCAUCCGUUCGCGGCUGCUGCCGAUGCCUCUCGCACC